CCUAGAUCUAGUAGCCACAGCUCCCACCAUGGCGCGAGUUAGGUUUGAGUUCAUCAUUUAACUACUAAUCUCAACCAGGUUUCAUCAUCAAGUGCUGUCCAGAUCUCCUACGAAGUCAUGGCCGACAAACAAUCAAUGAGUUUGAGAAGGGCAGAGGAAUUUUGAGAAUCCCUGUAUGACGCGUUGAAACCAACAGCGCAUGACUGGGUCAGACCACAAUAUUGGCAGCCACUAAUAUAAGUACUCUAAUAUUAAAACUUGUUCAUCACUCCCUCCUUUGUUCCCUGAACCAGCACCUCCUUUCUGUCAUGGUGGCAGAACCUGACCGUCUCCGUGACCACCUCAUUCAAAAACCCCACGCCAGCUACCAAUUCAACUGCUAGCCAGAACGCCAAGGGCCUAGGCUUACAAUAGAGCAAUUUAUAAGGUCUAUGCUGAUUGGUUCCUCCUUCCUAAAUUAGAGGUGGAACGCUAGCAUAUCACGGGGGUUGCGGCUAACUAACCAUCUGACAGCUAUCAGGCCCCAAAUCGUAAUUCCCCCUCUUUAUUUAGACCUUGUAGGAUGCUACUUGCCUACAUGUUCUUUAAGCGAUUUUGUUUGUAUUUAUCUGACCUAGGCCAUCGGAAUUGCAAUCGUCCUAGAUCCUCUGAAUUCAUUGAACCUUUGUAGCAUAUUCACCUUCGUUGAUAUCGCCCACCAGAGCGCCGACGGAUCGACUCCGACGUCGCUUACAGGCACGCCGUGGAAACAAUAUCCAUCUCCCAUUCUGUUUAUUCCCAUCAUUACGUCACUGCGUGGCUUAACCUGCUGCGACUGAACAGCAUACUCAUAGUAUUAUAUCUGACUAUGACGCCGAUACAAUACCUGUCUGGCAACCCAAAUGUUUACCGAGAAUUCACUUAUUUCGACGCCGACGAACAGGAGUGGCGCGUUAACUUUGGAGGCUUGCAGCGAAUGGUCAUUGCUAGGCUUCAGGAAGAACUUGUUGAUGAAGUCAGCCACAUAAAGAGCGCAAACUUCUCAGUGACUGACCAAGGGAUGUCAAAAGUCGAAUCAAUCCUCAUGAGAUAUACUAAUGCCAUUCGGGAUUGGGAUUACAUGAAUGAACACGCAGAGAAGACAAAUGGCGACAUUUCUAAAGAUCUCUUCAUUGUUAGAUCUACAAAGAAACUCAGCCAUGAUUUACUGGUGCAAAAGAAUGUGAUAGAACCAGAGAUGAGAGGCGUGUGCAUGCCAAAGUAUCCGCAAGGGGGAGAGACAUAUUUGCCUGGGAGUCAGAGGAGGUACAUGAGAGCAGAGAGAGAGAUGAUACUCAGGAAGAGAUCAAAGAAGGAGAAGGUAAAGUUGUUCCUUGUGUUAGCUUUGACUGUCAUGCUUUUGAUUUCACCAAUGCUAGUGAUGGUGCUGCAUAGAGACCAAAAUGUUGCAUUAAUAACCACAUCAGUCUUUACUGUUGGGUUUGCUUUGGUGGUUGCAGUAAUGCCUGUCUCAUUAGAGGUUGCUAUUGGGGUGGUUGCAGCAUAUGCUGCUAUUCUGGGCUCUUUUGUCAUUUCAGCACUGUGACUGUUGAAUUAAGUUAUCUAAAGGACUUUAAUAAAAUGUUUGUUG